CUCAUCUCUCUCUCUCUCUCUCGUUAAUGAAAAAGCUGCACGUAGGCAAGAGAAUACAUAAAUAAACCGUGAGAAUACGAACCGACAUUUUUAACACCUUCAGAAACUAAACACUUCCAAAUCUCUCUUGUAUGAAAAACCCAUGCCCUAGAUCCAUGCCUUCCAUUAACUGUACUCUCCGGACUCUUAACUCACUUUCAGUGGACAGAGUCUAACCGACACACAUGAAAGAGUCAUUUCAAGGUACUCUGUAUUGAACCCCACUCAUUUUUUCCUUGCAAUUCUCCCUGAUUUAUGGUUAUGUAUUAAUUGUGAAUAAGAAAUAAUGAGUUUGUUUAAUUUGUUCCGUAUGGUAGAGAAUUGCUGAUGCAUGAAUUUGGUUGAGUUGAAUGUUGGGUUAAAGCUUGUUUCUUAGGUCGGAUAUUGGUUGUGAUGAACAGGGAAAAAGAAGAAGAAUUUUUUGGUUUCUGAAUUAGUUUGUUUCAUUUAUUUCACAUGAUAAAUUGGUGAUGUAUGUAUGAGUUGGGGGAGUGGCAUAUUGUGCUAGAAGUUGGGUUGUUGGUUGGGUUUUGAUUUUCAUGAACACGGCAGAAGAGGAACUUCUGGAAAUGGGCGGUUAUAUGGGUGUCAAAAUUUGAUUUUGGGAGGUGGGAUUUACUGGAUUUUUGUUGUUUCGGUCUAUAAUGGGCGGUUUUUGCUGUAAGCCCUCUGCGAUUGAAGACAGUAGGCAGAGUCCGAUAGAGAGGUUAUCGAGUAAGAACCCCUCGGAUUUGCGGGUGCCGAGGGCGAUUUCGUCAAGGAGAGAUGAAAAUUAUAGAGUGAAGGAUGGUUCGGAGAGUAAUGAUGGGAGGACAUUGUUGAUUGAUAAAAAUGCGAAUGGUUCGGCUCGGUUACAUGGUGAGAAGUUUGAGAGAAAACGGGAGAACACUGAUUAUAUUGUGGCCACACACCAUCCUGGUAUGGGCAGCAUCCCAAAAGCUGCUGAAGGGGAACAGGUUGCGUCGGGGUGGCCCCCGUGGCUGGCUGCAGUUGCUGGCGAAGCUAUCAGAGGAUGGUUACCAAGACGGGCGGAUUCUUUCGAGAAGCUGGAUAAAAUUGGUCAGGGUACUUACAGUAAUGUUUAUCGUGCACGCGAUCUAGAUCAAGGGAAGAUUGUUGCUUUGAAGAAAGUAAGGUUUGAUAACCUGGAGCCUGAGAGUGUUCGUUUCAUGGCAAGGGAAAUUCACAUUCUGCGUAGGCUUGAUCAUCCAAAUAUAAUAAAAUUGGAAGGGCUCGUUACAUCUAGGAUGUCUUGCAGUUUGUACCUUGUUUUUGAGUACAUGGAGCAUGAUCUAGCGGGCCUCGCAUCGCACCCUGGUCUUAAGUUUACAGAGUCACAGGUUAAAUGUUACACACAGCAGCUCUUACGUGGACUUGACCAUUGUCAUAGUCAUGGUGUUCUGCAUCGUGAUAUUAAAGGUUCCAACCUUCUUAUUGACAACAAUGGCAUUUUGAAGAUUGCAGACUGGGGUCUGGCAAGUUUAUUUGAUCCUCAUCAAAGUCAGCCUCUGACGAGCCGUGUUGUGACCCUUUGGUACAGGCCACCUGAGCUUCUGCUUGGUGCCACUUAUUACGAUGCUGCUGUGGAUUUAUGGAGUACUGGUUGUAUACUAGCUGAAUUAUAUGCUGGCAAGCCUAUCAUGCCUGGAAGAACAGAGGGUUCUGCCUUGGGGUUCACACAAAAGGUGGCUGGCCUUUUAUGUUCCAGAAGUCUUUUUAGGAUUGUAGUUAGAAAAUUUAGAGGCUUCUACCAUCAGGCAGAAAUGGCUAGUGGAAGGAUUGUCGAGCAGUUACAUAAAAUUUUCAAACUUUGUGGUUCUCCAUCAGAGGAGUACUGGAGAAAAUCAAAGCUACCUCACGCAACCAUUUUCAAGCCCCAACAACCUUAUAGACGCUGUGUUGCAGAAACAUUUAAAGACUUCCCUGGACCGGCAUUAGCUCUGAUGGAGACCCUACUUAGAAUAGAUCCUGCUGAUCGUAAAUCUGCGGCAUCUGCUCUGAAGAGUGAGUUCUUCACAACCAAACCACUUCCUUGUGAUCCAUCAAGCUUGCCAAAGUAUCCUCCCAGCAAAGAGUUUGAUGCAAAAGUUCGGGAUGAAGAAGCUAGAAGACAAGCGGCAUGUGGAAGCAAAGGUCACAGAUAUGACCUUGAAAGGAGAGGAACAAGAGAGUCCCGAGCCAUUCCAGCUCCCGAUGCCAAUGCCGAAUUAGUCUUGUCAAUGAAGAAACGACAAGGUCAGUCCAAUUCCAAGAGCCGGAGUGAGCUGUUCAACCCUCAUGCAGAAGAAGUUGCUUCUGGCUUUCCGAUUGACCCACCCAGACCAUCCCAAGCUGUUGAAGAAGCAAUCGAUGAUCCCCAGAGGCAUCUUCAUAAGAGAGCUUCCCAUUCUGGGCCGUUGGUUAAACGGGCUGCCUGGGUAAAGUCUGGAAAGAACGUGGAAGAUGCUCCAAAGAUGUCAAAUGGGGCCGACUUAUCGACAAUGUCUGGUUUAGUGGCUGCAAGGAGGGCUUUGUUGUCUGAAGAUUGCAGGGAGAAGGCUGGUCCUGCGGAACAGGAUGUUCCAAAACUAAUUGGCAGGUUUCCGGGAUCUUUCAAGGACGUAUCCAAUUCUAUGGUAAAGCAUGAUCCAAAGAAUCACGCGGCUGUUGGAUCUCAUCAAAAUGAGGAAGGAAGAACCAGCAACAAAGAUUCAAUUCUUCUUGGGUACGGAUCAAAGGGAAACAAACUUCACUACUCUGGUCCACUGCUAGUUCCAUCGGGCAAAGUGGAUCAAAUGCUGAAAGAGCAUGAUCGUCAAAUCCAAGAAGCUGCAAGACGAGCACGCCUGGACAAGGCAAAAGUGAGAACAGUACAGGUCGAGGGAAACCAGUUGUCAACCAAUUCAUUAUUUGUUUCUGGUCGUUGAGCUGGCUUUAAAGGAUAAGAAGAAAGGUCAUCACAGAAUUUCUCUGUGAUUCUCUUGUAAAACGACUUGUUUGAUUUUGUAUAGAGUUCUUCCACGAAUGAUGGGGUAGGGGUUCAUUUUUUAGCUGAUCAUAGAGUACACUAGGAAAUCUCUCUCUCUCUCCAGCAACCGCAGUUACUAAAAUAUGAGUCAUUCUUGUAGAGCUUAUUGGGAUGUAGCUGUAAACAUAAUAAUUGUUACUUUGAUCACACUACUGGUAGUUAGGCA